AUGGAAGAAGAGCCCCGUCGUUCAUCAAGGACCAACAAGGGCCAGCAUACAGGCAGGGACCUGUUUGACGUGUACUACCAGCCUGAAGACGAGCCUCCAGCCAAAAGACAAAAGCAAGAUACAGAGUAUAGCCAGGAGAAUGCUUCUGGUCAAGAAAGCGAAGACGAAGCUGAAUUCAACAAGGCUGCUGAAAGCGAUGGCAAUGACUACGAAGGCGACGUGAGAUGUGAUCCUUGUGGAACAUCCCAAGAUAACUACGAUGAGGAUAAAGACAGAGGCGGAACGAUGAUUGAAUGUGAUGACUGUCAUACGUGGCAACAUGCCAAAUGUAUGGGUUACAGGUCAGAAACGCUGAUUCCAGAGAAGUACCAGUGCAACCGAUGUGACUCGCCAGAACGCAAGGCUCCAGUGAGAAGAAGGUCUGUUCCUGAAAAGAAGGCCUAUUCGAAACCCAAGAGCGCAGCUACCAAGACGAGAGAAAGCGUGGAGAAGGCUUUGAAGAAUGUGGUGGUCAAACAUGGCAAGUUCGAUGCGGAUUCUAUUGCUCAAAAGCUUGAGGAGGCCGUUUUCCAGUGGUCGGGCUUGACGCCAAAUAAGAAAUACAUAGACAAGAGUAGAAGCGUAAUGGCCUUGGUUAAAAAAGAAGCAGUGGCUGCAAAGCUUGCAGAUGGCUCGUUAACGUUUCUGGACGCCGUGUCCAAGCCACCAGAAGAAAUCGACCGAGACUUGAAGGAAUACGCUGAAAAGGUUCGUCAAGAGUCUAUAAGACGCUCGGUGCUUACGGUGGAAGACCCACUGAGCCAGCGUAUUCGGAGAACGCAUAAAGGUGAGGAGAUUGUUGAAGUCAGCAACAACCCUCUGGAUAAUGAUGAGGUUACGAUAGUUGCAAGAACUGUUGAUCACCGGAACUUUAAGGAAGAUUCUCCUACUCCAAGAGAAACAGUCAAGGCAGACCCACUGGCGCCUAAGCUGUACCAUUUGGCUGAUGAUGAUGAAGAAGAAAAUGAGAAUGAUGAGCAACCAGAAGAGGAGGAGGAGGAGAAGAAGGAAACUGAAAAUCUCAGCGACGAUGAGCUCGACUUCAUUUUGAAGGGCCCAUCGCCUCCUGCCGAAGAAAAGCCUAAGCUGCCGCCUGUUCCUAAGAAACCAGAGGUGAAGCUUCCUCCUACAAUGCCAACCAGCUUCUGGAAUGGUGAAAUCGUGUUUCCUGAUUUUGCUGCUUUCGGUGCAAAAGCAGAAUUUGUGAGUUGUACAAAGUACGAGAAGCCAAAGGAUAAUGUCACCGCAAGUUUCCAUAAUAGGGUGAUUCGUGUCAGCAAAGAGUUAUUCGAACGGUCCAAGUAUCAUAUUGAAGGACGUUUAGACCGUUCCAAGGCUGAUCCUUACCUCUCAAAAAUCACCACUUCAAGAGAUUUAUAUGUCGUUAAGCUCAACCCUGUCGAGAGGCAAUCAGAAUUCAACAAGUUGUAUGACUACUUGCUCCACAAGAAUAAGGUUGGUGUGCUAUCCAACAGAGCUGCGUUUGUCAAGGACGCCUAUGUGUUUGCCUUAAAUGCCAACAACGUUCCUGACUACUUGAGUUUUGCCAAGUUACAGGAAUUGGAAGGUUUAUAUGCUGUUUUCGUUGUCAAGAAGGACUACAUUCCUGUUGGAAAAAGUAUACUCAAGAAGUCGCCGUCGGUAUCAACCCCAUCUAUCGCUCCUCCUCCACCGCAGGCCGAUCUUAACUCAAUCUUACUGAAACUUAGUGGCCAGAGCAACAACACUGGAGCACAUCAGCCUGUCCCUCAUUUACCACCAAUACCUCAGCAUCAGGGACAACCACAGUACCCCCAGGAUCUCUCUCAAGAUCAAAUUCACUAUCUUUCAGAUGUGGUAAAACAAAAUCCUCAUGUACAGCAGGAUCCCCAAGCGCUCUUAUCCUUGUUACAGCAAGCAGAGCAUGGUGGAAGCCAGCCGUACCCUGAUGUUAUGGCUGAGGAAGCAGUUGCAGUGCCCGAGUCCCAACACAACAACAGUCUCGUGUUUGCUUCUGAGUAUGGAGAUACCGCCGAAGACAAGUCUAUAUCUGGCGACGAGGAUACCAAGGCUGACCUGAUCCAGUCGGACGGGAACGGUGUGGUUAUACCUGGAACCAAUGAUACUGCUACCCAGGCUGAUCGAAGCAGCGAUAUGCUUGGAGAUAUACAUACUAGUCCUUUGUUUGGGAACUUGAGGUCGUUUUCUCCUUCAAAGAAUUCCCAGGACUCGGCACGGUCGUCCAUCAAGCAUAUACACUUUACUCGAGAGAUGCAGAGCAUGCCCAAUCUUGAACUGCCAACUUACCGUUCCAAUGGAACUCCUAGCAUACUACAAAGAAGUGCUUCAGAUAGCCAUUCGAAGGAUACUCAGGUCAUUCUACCGAAGUUGAAUGAGGUGGACCUUGGGGCUGAUACGCAAGUGAUAGGCCACCAACAAGAGGAGCAUGAACAUUUGAGCUUGGGUGCUGAUACUCAGGUCAUUGGAAAGCAUAGCGAUCAAGCUAUUUAUAGUGGAAGCCCUACCCAAGGCGACGUUCAGCUACCGCCUCCUCAGAAUGAUGAGACUCAAAAGAUAGUGGCUUUUCAACCCGAAGACGAUGCUACCCAGGUCAUAGGAAGACGGAACUCGGUCUGGGAAAGCACCCAACCAAUCACCCAGGUGGUGUCUGGCCUUUCAAGUACACACACUGUCACCAGCUCUCCUAAUCGAGCAAAUGACUCGGAGUAUAAUGAAGAAAACACAACUACAGUGAUGCUUUCCCCUGUUAAUCGAGAGCAGGAACCCACCACUCAGGUGCUUAACACUCAAGAGGAAGAUGACGUUUUUCUGCCUCUGACAAAGGAAAGACAUUCGGUCGACCUAAGCUGCAAGCCUGUGCUACUGAGUAGCCAAAAGGAUGACCCUUCUCAUGACCUGCCCGGACGGGACAGACAUGAAUUAAGCAUCAUCAGCAACGACGAUAAAGAUGAGAAAUUCAAUGAUAUUUUCUAUGAAGACAGUCUAUUCAAGCACAAGCUCAAGAAGACUCAGACGGAUGUUGAUAUACUAGACGACGAAAUCGAUGAGGAGCCUUCUCAACCACACUUACGUGUCAAAAGAAAGACCUCAUGGAGUCAGUCUUCGUCUCAAACACCAAGUGGAAGCCAUCUUACAGUGAAGAAAGCUACAUGGAGUCAAUCCUCGUCUGACCUCGAGGAUAUCUCUCAAGACGUUAGUGGGCUCGACCUCGACAUACUCAAACGAAGCCUGUCAGAAGAUGUACCUAUGCUGCCUGACGGAUAUGACGAAAGUCGUGAACGUAUUAAUGUACCAAAGAAGCGCCGAAUGAAUCACGUUCCAGGGUCACAGUCACAAACGAUGGAUUUGAAUGUUAUUUCUGAAGAACCGCUGACAACACUCUCCAUGGAUCAGCUUGAUAAUGACCGCAGUGUUUGGGCAUUCUUUCAGUUCAGAUACUAUCCAGCCCGGGUACUUCGCUCGAUCGAUUUAAACCAUACACUUGUUGAGUUUUACGAUUGGUGUCAGAUAGAAAUGAAGAACACCGACCUCUUUGUUCUUGACGUUAGGAUUGGUGAUAAUCUACGAACUUUUAAAGCUCCUUCUGAGUUUGUUGUCACAAGAAUGUCCACCAAUGAUGAUACUCCCUUCAAGUGUGUUAGGGGAUACGAUACCCUUCAUCUUUCAAAGAAGGGUAAGCAUAAUAUAGGUGUUGGUGGAGAGCUUCAAGUGAGUUUAGCCACAUGUUACAUGGAACCCAAUGACUGGGCUCUGCAUCAGCUGCGUUUUCAGCUAAUCUACGAUGGUGUUGACCUUCUACAAAGAGACUAUGGUUUCAUUCAACCACUACUUAAUCAACUGGAGAGUUCACAGGCCACCGACCAAGGUCUGCCUGUUCCCGAGCCAAAGUAUAAGAGUCCUCGAAAGGCGAAGCCUGAAACAGCAACUUUCACUAAAGUAUCACAAGUCUUCAGUGGGCAGGUGUUUUUCAUCACAUCGAUGGCUCCUGAACGUAAAGAGGCUCUUACAAAGACUAUUGAAAGGCACGGUGGUCUUGUUUACGACCUAGAAAUCAGCAAACUCGUUUCAUUUGAGGCCAGCAGUUCAUCUCACCUCAGGCUUGUUCUGCAAAAGUUUUCGGGGAUCAACUUCGGAGCUUUCCUUUCGGAUGGACAUUCCAGAAGUGCAAAAUACCUUCAGGCUUUGGCUUUAGGAUGGCCUAUCCUUGCUGACAACUUUGUUGAGUACGCUAUCGAGAGUGACAGCGUGCUUGAUAACUGGCAUGCCUUUCUUCUACCUGCUGGACAGUCAUUUUAUACGAAGAACUUGAAGAGUCAAGAUGUGUUUCGUUUCAGGGCUAACCUUGAGAGUGGUGCUGAUUUGAAUGGCCAGUUGAACAAUAACGCUAAUCUCAUGUCUUCUUUAAAUGUGUUGAUACUCCUGAGAAAACAAGACAACCAAACAAUAAAGAUGUGUGAAUUCAUAUUCCAUGCUUUCGGGGCUCAAACGCUACGGAGCUUUAAUUCUGAAGGACGUUUGCUAUCGCAUAUUAAAGAAAACAGCGAAAAGGAAUUCUUUGUGUUCGACAACCACGGGAGGGAUAUUGAGCGAACACGUAAGCUGAAAGCAAAAAACGCCGUCAGAUACGGUAUCAUCGACUGGGAAUGGGUGGUUCAGUGUACCAUUAGCAGUUUCAUCUGGCCACCUAGAACUUACAGUUUCGUUUCAAAUUAA